AUAUGCUAACCAGCGUCAGUUGUUUUACUGUCAAUAACGUAAUUUUUCUAACGUAUAAAUAUUCAAUUUUAUAAACAUUAUAUGUCAAGAGCAGCUACUGGUUAUGACUUAUUAAAUCUUAUAUUUAUUGGUAAAAAUAUGGUCACGAACAAGACCUGCUACUUAGCCGUUAGCCACGCUUCACAUAUUCUGAAGGCUAUAUAACUAACAUUCUAAAUAAUUAGUUAAAAUGAGGUGCCUUUGAGAACAAAAAUAUGUAUAGAAGAACUUGGGCAUCUAAGAUAUUAAAUAACCUAUUGUUGUUUAGCUAUUAUUCUUACUAGUAGUUGCUUGCUGGUGCCAGUUUUUUGGAAAUAUUUUUCGUAAAGUAUAAAAACUUUCGCUCGGUGUGACUUACAGGCUUAAAUAACGAGCUUUAUUUAUCAGCUAUUGAAAUAUGCUUAGUAUGUAGAGAAAACCCGUAUCUGGUUUAUCACAAGGAGCCGACUUUUCUGUAGAUAGCGGAGUUAAACUGAGUAGAAAUUAACGUUUAGCACUAAAUAUAUUCUGUAAUAAAUGUUAAUUGUACUACGCAGGAUGCUUUUGACUGCACUACGCCGUGGGAAAGCCCUACAGCUCACUCUCGCCAUCAUAAAACCCGAUGCGGUGGCUCAUCCUUUGAUACUGGAGGCUCUCCACCAAAAAAUCCUCAAGAACAACUUCAUUAUCGUUAGAUCGAGAGAGCUGGUGUGGAAGAGGCAAGAGUCUGAAAGAUUUUAUGCGGAACAUGCAGGAAGAUUUUUCUACCAAAGGCUGGUUGAAUACAUGUCCAGUGGGCCAAUUCAGGCGUACAUCCUGGCCCAGGACGACGCCAUCUCCCGCUGGAGGGAGCUGAUGGGUCCCACCAAAGUGUUCCGGGCCCGGUACACAUCCCCGGGCAGCAUUCGGGCCCUGUAUGGGCUAACAGAUACCAGGAACACUACUCACGGUUCAGAUUCGGUGGAGUCGGCCCACAGAGAGAUCACCUUCUUCUUUCCGGAGUUCAAUGUGCGAGAGUGGAUGGAAAGGAGCGAACCGUUUUUCCGGACGGGGCAUGUGGAAUACGACGAGCAGAGAAGGAUACACACCACGCUGGGAACAGCAUGACAGCCGGAGAGGCUGACAGGUCAAACACCCACGCCAGAGCGUGAGGCCUCUCAGGGGAGCGAGCUGCCGGCGGCAUCCUCCAGCGCUCAGCUCUGCUCGUUUGCAUCGAGACAACGCCGAAAUCGUCUCAAAUUCCCAGGAAACAUGAGCAUGAAAUGAAACCGUAACGCUUCACCCACAGCAAAAGCUGUCAGCGCUAAUUCAGCCGGACACACGUAAACAGGAUCGGCGUUAAAUUAGCACUGUGGCUGUUUCUCUGUAAUCGUAGUGAUCUGUUUUGACAGAAGUGCGACUGAUAAAUUAUACUGGAGUAAAGACACAAGGUUGCGAAAGAAAACAAAUUAACAGCAAACAUUAAAGAUUGGCCUGAUUGUUUUAGGCUAUAUUCACUUUUAUUGUAAAUAAAUCACAUUUACAUAUUUGGAAAAA